ACUUUUCAGAGUAAUUGAAUUUCUUCUCCUAAUUACCUUGGUUGUUCUACCUUUCACAUCUCCACUCAUCCUCAACCCAUCUCAUCCCGGAAAUAGUUUCCUUCCAUACGAAAGGCUACAAUGCUUUCCAACAUGGCACACAUCGCCCCGGCUUCCUCCAAAAAUAUACUUAACGUUGCUACGCGACAGGUCCCGAAAGUUGCGGGUACGACAGGACCUCGCAAAUAUCUUUCUACAACAGCGCCUGCACAGAAGAACGUGACUCUACUUCAGGAUAAGAAGAAUGGAUUUGGGUUUGCACGGUCAAACCCGAGACCGCCGAAACCGAGGAGCAAAGGGGUCACCGAGAUCAGAGGGCCGUACUACUCAAUCGCAGCUGGAACUGACCAUGUGCGAUACACCAGAUCGAUUAUAGGUUCUUUCUCAUUGUUCCAGGAGAAGCCCUUGAGAGAAUUGAUUGAUCUUGCCCAUGAGCAUGGCGUUUAUGUUUCGACAGGUGGAUGGGCGGAGCACCUUCUCACUCAUCCAGACCCAAAUGCGGUCUUUGACAAAUACCUGCACAAAUGCAAGGACCUAGGCUUUGACGUCAUUGAGCUUUCAUCCGGCUUCCUUUCUUUCCCCGAGGACGAUUGGCUCCGACUCGUGGACAAGGUCCACUCAUACAAGUUAAAAGCAAAGCCCGAGCUGGGCAUCCAAUUCGGUGCCGGUGGUGACACCCCAGCCUCCGGUCUUGAGGCAAUCGGCACCUCGGACCCAGGAAAGUUGGUUAACCUGGGCCAUAAGUUCCUCAAGGCCGGAGUGGAGCGCUUGAUGAUUGAGUCCGAAGGCAUCACAGAGAACGUGGAGUCCUGGCGGACGGACGUAGUGUCUAGGAUCAUGAAGGAAUUGCCAUCGGAGCGUGUGAUGUUUGAAGCAGCAGACCCGAAGGUAUACAAUUGGUAUAUCCGGGAAUUCGGCAUUGACGUCAACUUGUUCGUCGAUCAUAGCCAGAUUGUGCAGCUCUCAUGCCUCCGCCAUGGAAUCUGGGACAACAACCGGCCCCGCGACUUGGCAUCGCGGCACGUCAAAUCUGGCCUCUCCCCCUUCAUCAUGCCGAGGGCCAGCGCGCCGCCGGGCGGCCGGCUACGAUGUCGACGAGCGUGCGACAGCUGUAAGCGGAGGAAGCAGAAAUGCAACGGAGAGCAGCCAUGUACAAUCUGCGUCCAACGUCACAAGGAGUCAGAAUGCCAUUUCUCGGAUAAGCCGGCCCGUCUGCUAAAGCCCACCGAUGUCUCGAAAGAAACCAUGUUGCUCAGCGAACGCCUCGUACCUACCCCGCAAAGACAAACGGCCAUGGACCGGCUGCUCAACUCCCUGGAAGAUCGUAACGCAAACUUAGAACAACAGGCGGUGGAUGACAAAGAUGGGAUGGCCCCUGUACCAAAGGUAGCAAGGCUUCUUCGUGAUGGGCAAGGGAAAUUUAUGUACAUCGGCGACUCCGCAAGUUUGUCCUUUCUGCAGAGUGUCCGUCGCAUAGUGUCUUCGUCAAUCGGCCGUUGUGAGUUCACAGAAGACAAUUCACGCCAUUCAAUGCUCGAAGCUUUUCAAAAUAGCUCGACUACAUGGACGGGUUCGUUGAUACCGCCCCCAAGUAACUUAGAGGCUCAACGGUUAGCUGGCCAAUAUACUCUUGCAACUAGUCCGCUGCUAGAUCUCUUUGACCGCACCGAAUUCUAUCCGCGACUGGCUAGCUGGGUCGAGAAUCCAACGGGUGACGAAGAUACUGUGAGCUCCAUAUUCUACCUCGUGCUCGCCAUUGGGGCUCAGGUAUCGGAUACCAACCAGACCUUGGCGGAGAAGUACUUUGUCAGUGGCCGUCAACUGGCGUUUUCCGCUUUCACCGAGACCCCCAGUCUCUACACCAUACAGUCAUAUGUCUUGAUCUCCAUGUAUAUGUUGGGUGCUUGCCGACGCAAUGGUGCUUUUAUGAAUCUUGGAAUUGCUCUUCGUGCUGCCUAUGCGGUUGGAAUCCACAGGAAGGAUGUGAAUGCGCUCUUCUGCACGCGAGAACGACGGGCCCGGGAACGCGUAUGGAGAAGCCUACGCAUGAUGGACCUUUUCCUCAGCGCCUCUUUGGGUCGCCCUCCGGCUACCUCAGACUUUGACUACGAACCACAUGAAGACAGCUUAACUCUAGGGGCAAAGCAACGUCUACAGCCGGAAGAGCAACUGUCUCUGACGGUGGUUUCGCUAUGUCGCAUUUUCGAGCGAAUUCUGAAAGAAGUCUACAUGAGGCAGGUUGUUUCGAUCAGUGUCGCGGAUACCAUUUCGAACCAGCACCGUGCCUGGGUCCGAAACUUACCGGCAUUCUUACGCCUGCAAGCCGAGCCACUCGAUGCCAAACCUCUCGAGGACACCUUAGCUGCAGCCCAUGUAUUCGGCUCUUAUUACUGGUCGAUAGUCCUUUUAACCCGGCCCUUCCUUAUCUUCCGGGUCUCUCAAUAUGUGAAAAACAAGAGCGAGUCGGCAAAUCACUCCGAGAGUAGACCUAACAACUCCCGCAUUUCGCUUUUUGCAGAUGCAUGCGUUUAUUCCGCAUUACGAGGCCUCAAUAUCCUUGACGACCUGUCGCAUUACUCGAACCUACCACGAAGGCUACCGUUCUUAAUUAAUUCCGUUUUCAACUCAGCGGUUGUUUUAGGGGCAGCCUUCUUUGCUGACUACGACAAUCUCCUCCCACUAGAAGAGGGCAUGGAAAAGGCCGAAAAAUUUCUCGGGCUCUUCAUCCCUCACGAUCCUCAUGCUUGCCGCUUUUUCCACAUUGUCAAAUAUCUCCGAGGCGCAGUUAUUGAGUAUGUCUGCCGGCGAAACCGCCAAUGGAUGGACCACCGUAGCAAACAAGUCGACCAGCUUUUCGGUGAAGUAGGCCCAUCUACCGAUACUUCGAUUACCAAUAAUAACAGUAGUGGUACCUCAACCAACCGUGAGGACCAUCCAACGGUCCCCUCCCCUCUGUCACCGAACAAAUUGACCGGAGGCCCCAUUGCCUCCCAUGCUGUAGAGCAGCCAAAUACUGCAACCAAACCCGACGACGGAAUUUGGGAUGCUUUAUGCGGCACAGAAGGGCCCUCGUCUUUCCCAUACGACACGGCUAUUUCCACCUUGACGACGACCGGCAUUCCGAUCGGUUGCUCACCAGGUGGUACGAUUCCAUCUGGCCAAGCUGGUAUGUCCGAUAAUAGAGGCCAGACACCCCUCUCUGACGUGUUAUUACCCGAUAAUGGACUUCUCUACAUGGCUGAAGAUCUCCCUAUGUUUGGACUCUGGGAAGACGCGUGA